GAAAAAUAAUCAAACAAAUUCUACAAAAAUAUUCAGAAUGCCCUUUUCUGAGGAUGAAAGAAAGAUUUCUCUUCCAAAUUCUUCGGGAUAGUUUUGGGGGAUUCGAUAGGGUUCUCGAUUUCACACUUGCAAAGAGAAUAUUCUUUCCGUAGUAACUGCAAAAGUCAAUUGAGCCUCCCUCCGCUCCAGUCAAUCGUUCAACGCAAACCAAAAUUCUUGGAUCCUUGGGCUUAUUAUCCAAAUUCCCCUCGCAUCAAUCAACAAAUCACAGGACGAGACACAAACGAUCAUGAAUGGCAAUCACGAUUCCUAGUACCCUUAAAGCCGUAGCACUGAAACAAAUCGCCUUCAGAUGCGGCAUCUCAAUCUCGGGCACCAAACCCAUCCUCACGCAACGAAUACAAGAUGAGCUCCCGAGAAUCACCCUCCCAGGCGCAGACCCAUCAUCCGCCACCUCCAAACCCUUGCGCAUCCUAAGCAUCGACAUGGGAAUCCGAAAUUUCUCCUACUGUCUCCUCGAAAUACCUCUCCCCUCCAAAUCUCCCAAGAAUAAACGAAAAUCAAACCCUCCAAUUCCCAUCCUUCAAUCUUGGCAAAAACUCUCGCUUCUUCCUCCAGCCCCUCCAAAUACAGACCCAGCAACCAAAGAAAAACCUCGCAAUGAAUUUACACCCGCUAUUCUCAGCACGGCAGCAUAUAAAUUGCUUCGUCACACACUCCUUCCUCUCUCCCCAACACACAUCUUAAUUGAGCGACAGCGCUUUCGAACCCAUGGAGCGAAACAAAUCCUCGAGUGGACAAUUAGAGUCAACAUGUUAGAAAGUAUGUUAUGGGCUACACUCAAAACAUUAUCCGAGGAAAAAGUAUGGGAAGGAGAGGUAAUUGAGAUAGCGCCGAGGAAAGUCGGUACAUUCUGGGUAGAGGAAAGCGGAUUACUAGACGAAGAAAAAGGAGAAGAAUUCAAAAUAGUCCGAAACACGACAGAGGUGUACGCGAGGAGUAAAGGGGCAAAAAUAGAUUUAGUAAGAAGAUGGCUAGAAGGUGGCGAAAAGCACAAGACUCAAAAGCACAACGAGAUGGUACUCAUUGGAAGCCAACAGGUUCAAGACAUAAAGGAAAGAUAUACAGAGAAAUGGGAUCGCAAAGCCGGGAGAGCAAACGGAAAUAAACCAAAGAGCAAAUCAUCCCCACGUUCAGCAUCAGACACAGCGCAAAAGAAAAGAGAAAAAGAGAUAAUAAAAGAAAAAGAAGAAGGGAUGGGUAAACUAGACGAUUUAGCUGAUUCUCUCCUACAAGGAAUGGCAUGGCUUAAAUGGCAGGAAAAUCGAAAGCUGGCAUUGGAGGAAGGUGUGGAGAUUCUACUGGAUUACUAAAAGGAGGUAACUUCCUAGGUAAACGAAUGAGUAUCUCCUUUGCUCAGUAUACUCUUAUUAAGGUCAUAUACCCCGGGUUUAUUAUUGUCAGGUAUUAGAUUUUAGAUAUUAGAUACCAGAUUCCAUUCACAUUCACAGUUAACU